UCAGGAUUAGAUUUGAAGGCAUUGCGAACUUCUCCGGCAGCUAAUUGGCCAUUAUCGCUACCCGUUGUCCUCGAACCUGUUUCAAGGCGUCCUUGCAAGCGCCGGUUGCCAAGGAAGCAGGAAGAAGGCGGGAACGGCUCAGCCUGUAGAGGACCCCCGCUAUGGUUCUGUAGGCUUCUUCCGGUAAUUCGCCAGUAACUUCAUAAACAACAGGAGCUUGAGCUUCUGAAAAUUAUGAUGGAGCUGCGAAAAGCAACUACAACCACUAUUCCUUUGGCAUCCCACCCACAAAUGGCCAAAAGUGAUACAAAGUCCCCACAAAUACAGCUGCAGUUCAGCCGGAAUGCUCCCGCGUUGCCUGAAAACCUGUCAAUCCACUACACCAAUCCCUGUCCAAUUGUCAUAGAAAAGUUGAAACACUCAGCAACUCAACAGAAUCAAGGUGCUGGUGAUGAUCUGAGGGGCUCUGUUGAAUUCUCCAUUGUAUCUGAAGAGAAGCUCAACCUGGCUGUUCAGAUGGCCAGAAGGGAUGUGAAAAGAAAGCACCUGCAAGAGCAAAUGAAGCAGCAUCUCACCAAGAUGAAUAAGUGUCCUGUGGGAUUUAGUUGGGGAAAGGACUUAGGGAACGCUGCGGUGUUGAAAGCAUCUAAGUCCCACCUGAAAUAUGAACACCAGCUUAAUAACCCUUCUAAGAUGGAGAGGAACAGCACUGGGGCAAAAGUCCUCCUUUAUGAUCCAAGUCAUGUGAACUCAGAACCCGUUUUGUCUGAUUCUCCACCAACACGUGAUCCAGGACCUGGGCCCAAAAAGGAGGAAGACAAAUGUGCCAUAGAAAUCAGAAGGCUACAAAAAGAGCUUCAGACUUACAUUCAGAAAAUUGAAUUGCUAGCAACAAAAGAGAGGAGUGAAAUAUGUCUGGAUCCUGAGGAAGAACGCCGGGUCCAUAUUCGGAGGCAGGAACAAGCUGUGCGCUCUGCCCGAGUGCUCUAUGUGCUCCAGCAACAGGUAAAACAAAUUCAAGAAGAUCUCGAGAAGCUGAGCCCCCUUAAAGUUAAACAUACAAAGAAGUCACACGCUAUGGCCAAGCUGGCAGCAGCUCACAGAGGUGCCAUCCGAGCUCUGCAGAUGUUUGUCACUCAUUUUGCUGACCAGUCAGAGCAGCAGUCUGCCUCUGCGCAUUGUAAAGAGCUGGGCAAUCUCAUCAGGCAGCUCUCUCUCUGCUCUGCUCGCCUCGAGAUGGACUCAUCCAUUCCUGAUAUCAUCAUAGAUCUGCUGCUACAAAUUGAGGACUUGGACUCUGUGUUGUCCAAAAAUGAAUCCCCCAAGAAAGGGCAAGAAUGGCUCUCUGCCUCACAAGUUUAUGCGCCAAAAAGUGCCAACAGAUUGCCCAAAAAACAAAAGAAACCUUGUGCGUUGGACCGAAAAAAGUCUUCAGUGGCUCGGAAACUUCUUCCCGAUGAAUAUCCAGAAUCUGCAGACCUGUUCCAACAUAAGACAAUCAAUCACUGCAGCACAAGAGCCCAGGAAGACGCACUCCCUGUUGAGCGAGGGGCAGUUGCACGGUGCAAGGGUGAGGCCGUAAGGAGAUCAGGACCCUUGAAAGCAGGUUCUGGUUCAGAACAGAAAGCAGGGACUCUGAAGAAGAGAGGAGGCUUGUUUUCCCUCAGACCUCAGGGUAGCUGUCGACCUCCCAAAACAAAAACAGUGCAGCCUGUAGCCAAACAAGCCCGCUUUCUAGAUCCCACCGUUGCAUUCCGGCUUAAGGAGAGCAAACCACCUGUCCGAGAUAAUAGGACCCCAUGGAUGCCUCCCAGUGUCAAGUCUCCCCUCCACUCUGCUCUGCGGCACCUGGAGAAAAAUCCUGAAAAUCCUGAGCCAUCUCUGGAGAUAGAGACAAAGGAAAAAGAAACACCUGAGAAAGAAGUGCUCAGAGACAAAGGGGCUUCCCCAACAGAGGAGGUGGAGCAAGCUGACCCUGAGGGCCUGGAGCUUCUUUUGGAAAAAGCGCAGGAGCUCAAGGCAGCACAAACAGUCCUUCCAUUACAGGGCAAUGACGACGCUCAAAUAAGGAAGUUUGAAAAUUUUGCCUUUCUUUAUGAGGAUGCAACAAGCUUACCAGGUAUUCGUUUGGAGGAUUGCCAUCUGGAACAGUGCAAGAAGAUGGAACAUGAGGCUCUUUCUGCACUCAGCAUCUCUGACCUAGAGACAAUGAUGAAGAGGAUGGAGGAAAUAGAGCACUAUCAAGAAACUAUACGCAGACGAUAUAACCAGAUUGCUUAUGCCGAUGUUGAUUUCUGGGUCCAGCAGAACAAAGAGGAAGAGUCUGUAGUGAGAGACCAACAACCUGCCGUUGUUCAUCCCAUCCAGAUAACAAAACUAGAUAAUCACAAAGAGCCACAAAUAGCAAUAGUAUUAGAAAAACCCUUGGAUGCCAGCACUAUUGAUGAAGAGCUGUCAGAGCCCAGGAGUGGGACUCUGCAGUCUUUUACACAUCACAUCCCCCCUGAGAAAGAGUCUGGCACUUUCCUCUCAGUACCGAAACAAGUUCUCCAAAGCCUCUUUGAUUAUGAUGCCCGAUACCGGCAGCACCUAAAGAGCAUUUUCCUCGAAGAGGUGGGGCAGUUUAACCCUUGGAACAUUGCAGAGAGCCUGGCAGAGGAGCUGACAGAGGAAAUGUUGACAGAUGUAGCAGCUGAGCUCCAUGGCUUCUGUGAAGACUAUGCAGAAGCUGUCUUCACUUCAGAGUUUUUAAAGGUGGCUGAGUAAACCAGGGCCUUCAGUGAAUACUGUUCGGCGGAAAGAUUGAACCUGACAAAGACCAGUUCUCAGGAAUGAAAUUUGACAAUUCAUGUAUUACUUUCUAUGUUCCUUCGUGGGAAGGCUGGUACUGGUGGAAUAAAUAAAUAAUAUUGGGAGAAUUCUGAUCCUUGAAAGCCUGGGGAAAAAUACCCCUCACUGUUCCUUUAAAGAGAUGUUACGCAUUCCAAAGCACCUUUCCCCAAUCAUUUUCAAAGCACGCACAGCCUUAUUGUCCAUUUCAUGAUUCAUUUGGGCUGAGCAUUUGACAAAUUAUUCCCCUCCAAAGUUCUUUCUAUGUCUUAUAGAAAGGAUCACUAGUUUCUUGGCUGAAUUCUUACAGUGGCAGCCAUCU